GCGUUUAAUUGCCCAUAGAUUUAAUUAUACACGCGAACACUGAGUUUAUAAAGCCACAACUGCCAUUGGGCACAUUCUUUUAAUUCUACGACUUUUUUCAAAUCGCUUGUGAAUCUUAUAAAUGCCAAGUGGUUAAUCUGGAAAGCAAGCCUCCGUUAUUUCAGUUUGGAAUUACUUCAAGUUCAAUUUUCCACCCGGCCCUGCACGGCGCUGGUCUUCACUGACGAAAUACUGACUUGCCGAUUACUGUACUUUUGUUUCCCUCGCUCCCACCACGCACGCUGCUCGGCUCUUUUCCCGCCUCGCCGCCCGGCCUGGCCUGAUUUACCGUUUCUCGUAGCUAGCCGCUGACCAUGACUGCAUGCAGCAAGUGCAUUUUUGCAGGCCUGUGCUGUGCAUUGCUAUGAAAUUGACACUGCUGGUUUCAUCGUUGACUAAACCAGGUUAGUUGAUCGAGGCAUUGACCCGACAGAAGAUAAUCGGAAUCUGUGCAGUAAAGAACAUGUCACGGAUCAUUGGAACACGCGUGAUCCGGGGACCCGACUGGACGUGGGGCAAUCAAGACGGCGGAGAGCGCCAUCUUGGGACAAUCGCAAACGUGAUCCCAAACGAUCCUGAGAACGAUAACGGCGAUGAAGCACCAAGGGUGGUGAAGGUCACUUGGGAUUCCGGCAAAAAAGCAAACUACCGUGUCGGUUAUGAGCAGAAGCAUGAUCUUAGAUUGUAUGAUAAUUCAACUAUAGGUGUACUUCACAAGUUUGUUCGUUGUAUUGGGUGUGCCUCGGAUAAUAUUGCCGGAAUUCGCUGGAGGUGUACCGAAUGCGUGCACUGUGACCUCUGCACCGAGUGUUACAUGUCGGACUCGCAUGAUACAUCGCAUGAGUUCUUACGCAUAUACGGGCCUCAUGACCCUGGUGUCGUGGUCAAAGCGAGAGACGCAAGUAAUCAUGUGACCUCUCAUGGUAUAUUUGUGGGUGCUAAGGUGUCCAGAGGUCCGGACUGGUCGUCAGGCAACGAAGAUGCUGGGCGUAAAAGUGUGGGUACUGUGACGGAUGUCUGCGAUUGGUCGAUAUGCUUCAAGAAUUGUGGUGCCUCUGUCCAGUGGAAUGACGAUGCUACAUUUAAAUACCGAGUGGGACACAAUGGAAAGGUUGAGAUCAAAGCUAUUCAGUCUUCAGAAGGACAUGAUUACUAUGAGGGUCAUCUCCCACUAAUAGGAGAAUUGGAAUCAUGGAGGAAGGGAGAAAAGGUGAUGGUUGCCAUGGAUACGGAGAUGCUCAGCAUUUUUCAAGAAGAAACGGGAGAGAACUGGGACAAUAGCGUGGUAGAGAAAAUGGGAAGACCUGGAGGUGUGGAGGCUGUUGACCAGCGAGGGUGGGUGGAGGUGAUCUAUGAUGACCAGACCAAAUGGACGAUGCCACCUUUUACCCUAAAAAAGGUGAUCACUUAUAAAAUUGGAGAUCGAGUCAGGAUCACUGCAAACAUGGAUAUGAUUGAAGAUUUACAUCGCAAAAUCAAGAAGAUUAAUGAGAGCAUUGAAUUGAGCAAAAUGGCGGGAGAGGAAGGCAGAGUUGUGGAAAUGGAAGACAGCAACGGCUGUGUGAAAGUUAAGGUCAGAGGUCAAUCUGUGAGGUACCACCACGUUGCCUUGACCCUCCUUCCAAAACGAGACGGAGAUGACGAGGGGCUUGAGGAGGAGCCGGAGGUGGAGGAGCAGGAAGAGGAGGGGGAGGAGGAGGUGAAGGAUGAAGAGAAGAAGAUUGAUGAAGAAUAUGAGAUCAUCUCAAAUGCUCCAAAGGUUGGUUCCAAACCGGUUCCAAUUCCAGAGCCUGCCGGUGCAGACGACAAAGAAGCAGUUCAUAGGGUAAUGGAAAAGAUCAAAGAGAAGCUGAAGGGAGCAACCAUGUCAGAACUCAACCUUAAACUUCAAGAUGCAAAAUCAGAUGAGAAGCAGAUGGUCAAAGCUGCUGCGGCAGGAAACAUUGAAGCAGUGAAAGAGUUCCUGAAGCAGAAUCCAAAAUUGGCAAGUGCCACACACAGGGCACGCUCAGCUCUUCAGGUGGCGUCACAUGAGGGCUCCCUACCCAUCGUUCAACUCCUAGUAGACGCUCAUGCUUCCCUGGAGCAUAAAGAUAGUGAUGGGGAUACUGCCCUUGCCUUUGCAGUUAUUGGCAAUAAUCCGUCCGUGGCAGAGUUUUUGUUGGAACGGAAGGCGUACGUCAACACGUCCAACAGCAAGAGACGAACACCUCUUCAUAUCUGCGCCCACAAAGAACACCUUUCGUGUGCGGAGGUUCUGGUCAAACAUGGCGGCAGUGUCAAUAUGCAGGACAAUGAUGGUUAUCUCCCUAUCCACCUGGCAAUCAAACAGAAAGCCACAAAGAUGUGGCCGCUCUUUGCCAAUCAUCAGUCGGCUGAUCUCAAGCUCAGGACCAACGCUGGGUUUACACCCCUCCAUUAUGCUGCUAAAAGGAACUGUCUGGAGGCGGUGAAACUGAUGGUUGCUAAGGACCCGUCUCUAGCUCUUAUUGAGAAGGAUGAUGGUUUUACUCCUCUGCAUGUUGCUGCUGUCAACAAUCAUCUUGAAGUUUCACGUGUUCUCAUCAACUUGCCUGCAACUAUCAAUGCGGGUGAAGGUCACUCCACGCCCCUCCACUUAGCGACCUGGCAGGGUUACUCUGAGCUAGUUGAACUUCUGGUCAACCAUGGUGCGGCGAUCAACCUCAAGGACACGGAUGGCGACACCGUCUUACAUCUAUCCAUAAGGAGACGAAAGAAUGGACAGAAAUUUGUCCAAGAUACUCCGGAAUUGCAAAAGGUGUGCAAGGAGGUCAAGGAAACGGCAAUCACCACGCCCAGAGAUGCCCUCAUUGCCUACUUUAUCCAGCAUGGCAGUGAUGUCACAAUAAAAAAUAAGAAUGGCCACACCCCUUUUGAGCUGUUGGAUGAGGAACCAUUGCUGUUGAAUGCUUUGAUGAGGGUCGCUGGAAUCAAACCGGACAAGGAUGUACCAGAACAUGAAGACGAGGCUAAAGUUCACUUUGACGAGAAGAAGGAGGAGGAAAGAGAGGACAAACGGAAAGAGCAAAGGAAAGAGGAGAAAAAGAAGGAAGUGACGAAGGAGGAUGAGCAGGAAGAGAAAGCCUCUGGAGAGAAACGUCAAAAGCCACAGAAGAAGCGAGGGGACAAAGAUUUCGGAGGGGUCCAUAUUAUCAGCCCAGAUGAGCUUAAUUUGGGGAAAACAGUCGGGCAAGGCGGGUUUGGUGAGGUGAAGAAAGCUGUUUGGAGAGGGACUACAGUGGCGGUAAAGAUCAUCUCUUCAGCUGGUAGCAAAGACGAUGAAGUGGAGAAAGAGGUCUUUGUUCAUAAACGUGCUAGACAUCCGAAUAUUGUAUCCUUAAUGGCCGUCGGUCAUAGAAUCGGACAGGCUUUGAUUGUCAUGGAGUUUAUUGAUGGAAUGGAUCUCAACGAUGUCAUAUUCAAGAAAAAGAAGGAUGGUAUCACCCUGACCAAAGAGUUGAAGAUGAGCACCACGUUGGGUCUACUCUCCGCCCUGACCUACCUCCAUGCUUCUAAGAUUCUUCAUCUUGACAUCAAACCAUCGAAUGUCAUGAUGGACCGUUCUUCAAAGCGAGCUUAUCUUUGCGACCUUGGUCUGGCCCACAUUAAGACCAGAAGCUCCAUGUCCCUCUCGACAUCAGUCGGAGGUCCACGUGGAACCAUCAGCUUCAUGGCCCCGGAGAUGAUCCAAAGCCAAGGGAAGGCCUGGGCUGGUCCAGGGAACGACAUCUGGGCCAUCGCUUGCACCUUCCUGGAGCUGUUCGUGGAGCAACGUCUCUGGGAGGGUAUGGAAUUCAUGGGGUUGUUCAGGAUGAUGAUGAAGUCUGCCACGCCGCCUCCGAUUCUUAAGAAAGCUAAAUCAGAAGUACGGACCAUUCUCAAACCAUGCUUCGAAGCUGACCCCUUGAAAAGGCCAUCUGCGGCGAUGCUCCUUGAAAAGUUCCAGGGGCUUGAGAAACCCAGCUCGUGAUGUGUGAGGCAGCCAUUGUAGUUGGGGAUGUGGUUUUAACUUUAGGAGCUUUACAUUCUGGCACUACCAAGCCUGUGAUGUCGGAGGCAUCUAUUUGAGUUA